ACGAUCUAUACGACAUCAAAAUCACAAGUGAAUUAAACUUUGAAACAUUAGAGCUAGAAAUAAGAGCUAGAGAAAAUGAAUAAAUUUAUUGUGCUACUCAUCGCCGCUGUAAUCUCAGUGGAUGCGGCUACGUAUUCCAUUGAAGGAAUUGCACCAAGAAUCAUUAACGGACAAUUGGCAGCAACAAAUCAGUUUCCAUGGCACGUUUCAAUUCAGGGAAACUUAACGAAUGGUCAAGCGAUGCUUUGUGGAGGUGCUUUGAUUUCGAAUGCAUUUGUUCUCACUGCCGCCCAUUGUGUAGUGAACGUAACAUCGCCGAGAAUCGGUAUGGGAUCGAAUGUCCUAGCCCAACCUCAAAUAUCGAUGGUUGCACAAUCGAGAAUUAUUCAUCCGAAUUAUAAUUCGCAGACGUAUGCUAAUGAUUUGGCAUUGUUGCGUUUGCCGCUGAAUCUGACGAGUUCGGCAUCCAUCCAAUGGAUUCGAUUGCCUUCACUUUCACAAGCGACCAAUCAGUUUGUUAAUGCUUCAGGAAUUCUCAGCGGUUUUGGACGCAUUAACGACCAAAGUGCACCAUCUGCAAAUCUUCGAUAUGCCAGAACUCGUGUAAUGACCAAUGCAAAUUGUCAAUUAUAUUACGGAUCGGCGGCUGUAACGAAUAGUACCCUCUGCACACUGGGAUACGAUAUUAAUGCACAAGGUCCUUGUGCAAAUGAUAACGGCGGGCCUUUGCAUAUUGUCGAAUCUAACGGUAACACGCUGAUUGGAAUUCAUUCAUUCUUCUCGUCUAGUGGCUGUAAUGCUGGUCAUCCAGCUGGGUAUGCUAGAAUUAGUUCAUACACUCAAUGGAUAUCGCAACAAGCCGGAAUUGCAACAAGACCUUAAGAAUGUCUUGAAAUAUUGAAAUCGACAAAGAAUUACGCUUAAAUUGUUGGGGAGAAACAACAAAGAAGAACGAUAGAAUAAAUUGAUCUGAUGAUGAU